AUGAUAAAUUUGCAACAUUUGGCGUAUCUGAAAGGAAUGAUGGGGUUGGUCUGGUUUGUGGUUCUCUCUCUUUCCAUUGCAACAUCAUCUUCGCAAGCUAAACUUAAAGCGUAUGAGCAAUCCAUCAAUCAGUCCAGCAUACAUCUGAACAUAUAUCACGUGCAUGGACAUGGCUUCUCGCUCACCCCGAACUCCUCGUCUCUUUCUGAUGUACUCUUGCAUGACGAAGAACAUGUCAAGGCUCUCAGUUACAGACUAGCAAAGAAAGGUAUAGGUAUUGGGUCUGUCAAACCUCCAAAAUCUGGAUACCACCUUAAACCAAAUUCAGCUAGCUUCCCAUUGAAUCCAGGUUUGUCAAUUGGCUCCGGUAAUUACUAUGUAAAGUUAGGCCUUGGCUCCCCUCCCAAGUACUAUGCCAUGAUUCUUGACACCGGUAGUUCUCUCACCUGGCUCCAGUGCCAGCCCUGUGUUAUAUACUGUCAUGCCCAAGCAGGUCCCCUGUUUGAUCCCUCCGUAUCUAAGACCUACAAAAGACUAUCGUGUGGCACUGCCGAAUGCUCCAGGCUCAAGGCAGCCACUUUGAAUGACCCAGUUUGCGAGACUGAUUCUAAGUCAUGCUUGUACACGGCCAGCUAUGGGGAUGCAUCUUUUUCACUGGGCUACUUGAGUCAAGAUCUUUUGACCUUAACAUCAUCUCAGACCUUACCCCACUUCACAUACGGAUGUGGGCAGGACAAUCAAGGGUUGUUUGGAAGGGCAGCCGGCAUCAUAGGGCUAGCCCGUGACAAGCUCUCGAUGUUGGCGCAGUUGUCCACCAAGUAUGGAUAUGCCUUCUCCUACUGUCUCCCCUCAGCCAAUUCCCGAUCUUCUGGAGGAGGCUUCUUGUCCAUCGGAAACAUCUCUCCGGCAGCCUACAAGUUCACCCCCAUGCUUACAGAUUCAAAGAAUCCCAGCUUAUACUUUUUGAGGCUGACAACUAUAGCCGUGUCUGGUAGGCCAUUGGGUUUGGCUGCUGCCAACUACAGGGUCCCGACCAUUAUAGACUCCGGAACUGUUAUUACUCGACUGCCAAUGUCAAUAUAUGCAGCACUGAGGGAGGCCUUUGUAAAGAUCAUGUCCACCAAGUAUGCGAAAGCCCCAGCAUAUUCCACCUUGGACACUUGUUUCAAAGGGAGCGUCAAGAGUAUUUCAGCAGUGCCUGAGAUUAAAAUGAUUUUUCAAGGAGGUGCAGACCUCACUCUCAGGGCCCCAAACGUCCUGAUUGAAGCUGAUCCAGGGGUUACAUGUCUAGCCUUUGCUGGUAGCUCUGGGACCAACCAAAUUGCCAUAAUUGGAAAUCGUCAACAGCAAACAUAUAACAUUGCUUACGAUGUCUCAGCUUCAAGAAUUGGGUUUGCUCCUGGUAGCUGUCAUUGA